CCCACCUGGUGUCUGAGGCGUGGCUCCCGCUUUGAGAGUGGGGCACCUCCUUUCCGGCCUCAAACCUACCCAGCUCCCGGCUGGCUGCGGCAGAUGUGACGACUGAAGACUAGAGCCUUAGGUGGGGACUCCUUAAGGCUCCUCCCGGAAGCGUAGGGACCUCGCUGCCCACACGCCCCGCCCUUUCCUCCUCUGGCGUCCUGGGGUCUGAGGUGGGCGUGGUCAGGCCGGCUUUAAGUCCUGGGUUAAGUCUUGCCAGCCGCAUUACACCCCUGUAAGCUGCAGCCCGGGCCGCAGUGGCAAAGUGGGCUGUCAACUUCAGGUUGACGGGCGUGGCCGCGACCGCAAGGGCUGUUGCGGGGUGGACCCAACGGAGAUGGGCCGCUGGGGCCUGCUGCUGGUAUGGUUCGGAGCCGCGGGUAAGUGCUGUCUGUUGGUCAGGGGACGGUUCAGCCAGAGGCACCUUCCUAGGCUUGGGGGUGGCCGGUCGCAACAGGCCAGGUGUCAGUGGUUCCUCCAGAGCUCUGGAACUCUCACAACCAAAUUUCUUGGGCCCGUGCUUCUGAAGUGCAGACGGAGAAGCGCCAAGCGCGUGUGAAUCCCAGAGUCUGGAUCACGCAGCCUGGGAAGGAGGAACAUUCUUUGCGGUCUCAGCACCGCCUUGGGGCGGGGCCAUCAAUCUAAGUCGAGGAAAGCACGGGGAGACUGCAGAACCGAAUUCUGUGCGGCCCCCAAGUCAUUCACUGGGAAGGGCGCUCGAGGAGAGAAACUGGCAGAGCUAUGAGCGAGCACCCGCGGGGCUUCUGCGACGGGAGUCCGGUGGUGACUUGCGCCAUUCUCUGCUCUAGCCCCGGGUCCCAGGAGCCUUUUCUGCCAUCCUCGCCCCUGCCGCUGUCAAGUCCUAGCCCCCUGGACCCGAAAGUCAGGGCCCGGCCUAGUAGCUUGGAGCCAACCUCCCAGCUGAAUUCUCAGGGCACCGAGAGGUCUUGGCUGUUUAAUACCUGCGGGGCCAGUGGCAGGCAUGGGCCCACACAGACACAAUGUGACGGGGCGUACGCGGGGACCAGCGUGGUGGUGACCGUGGAGGCCGCCGGGCAUCUGAGAGGCGUGCAGCUGUGGCGCGUGCCGAGCCCCGGCCAGUAUCUGAUCUCAGCCUACGGAGCCGCGGGCGGCAAAGGCGCCAAGAACCACUUGUCGCGGGCGCAUGGGGUCUUCGUCUCAGCAAUCUUCUCCCUCGGUCUCGGAGAGUCGCUGUACAUCCUGGUGGGGCAGCAGGGAGAGGACGCCUGUCCUGGAGUGAGCGCAGCCAGUGGGGAUGGGGCGGCUCCGGCGCCGCGGGGUGAAGGCUGCCUGGGGGCCGGGGGGGAUGAGCCUUCCUCGGUACCGGGUCACCUGCACAGCGAGGGGAGGCUCCCGGACCCCGCCGAUUUCCGCCCCCGCUGCCCGCAGGGUAGCCCGGAGAGCCAGCUAGUCUGCCUUGGGGAGUCUCGAGCCGUUGAAGAACACGCGGCGAGGGAUGGGAGCGAAGGGGCCCUGGCGUCGCGGCGCUGGGCAGGAGGUGGCGGGGGUGGCGGGGGCGCCACCUACGUUUUUCGGGUGCGCGCCAGCGAGCUGGAACCGCUGCUAGUGGCUGCCGGAGGUGGCGGUCGGGCCUACCUGAGGCCGCGGGACGGAGGCCGGACUCUGGCCGCCCCCGAGAAACUGGAGAACCGCUUGGAGGCGCCCGGGAGUGGCGGGAGAGGCGGGGCAGCAGGUGAGGACGCGGCCCGCGGGGAGAGGCGGGAGUGCUCUCCGUGUGGCUACCAACCUUCCUGCUGUCGCUCUGCAGGUGGAGGAGGCGGCUGGACGUCGCGGGCUCCCUCUCUGCAGGCCGGCGGCUCACUGCAGGAGGGGGCGGAGGGCGGCCAGGGCUGCCCCGAGGCUUGGGCGACGCUCGGCUGGGCCGCGGCCGGCGGCUUUGGGGGCGGCGGCGGGGCCUGCACUGCGGGCGGAGGCGGCGGCGGCUACCGGGGGGGUGAUGCUUCAGAGACUGACAACCUCUGGGCUGAUGGGGAAGAUGGAGUAUCCUUCAUGCACCCCAGCAGCGAGCUCUAUCUGCAGCCUCUGGCAGUUCUUUUACUCACAGUCACGGAGAGCCACGGAGAGGUAGAGAUCCGAAGGCACCUCAACUGCAGUCACUGCCUUUUGAGAGACUGUCAAUGGCAGGCAGAGCUCCAGUUGGCUGAAUGCCUGUGCCCAGAGGGCAUGGAGCUAGCUGUGGAUAACAUCACCUGCGUGGACCUGCGCAACCACCCAGGCCCUCUGGUACUGAUGGUGGCUGUGGUGGCAACCUCGACACUGAGCCUCCUUAUGGUGUGUGGGUUCCUGAUUCUGGUGAAGCAGAAGCGGCAGGGCCUGUGGGGGAUGAGGCUGCCGAUCCCUGAGCUUGAGCUGAGCAAGCUUCGAACCUCUGCCAUCAGGACAGCCCCCAAUCCUUAUUACUGCCAGAUGGGGCUUGGCCCAGCCCAGUCCUGGGCUCUGCCCCCAGGUGUCACCGAGGUUUCCCCAGCCAAUGUCACUCUGCUCAGAGCCCUGGGCCAUGGUGCCUUUGGGGAGGUGUAUGAGGGACUGCUAACUGGCCUUCCUGGGGACUCUAGUCCCCUGCAGGUGGCUAUCAAGACCCUGCCAGAACUCUGCUCUCCUCAGGAUGAGCUGGAUUUCCUCAUGGAAGCACUAAUCAUCAGCAAGUUUAGCCAUCAGAACAUCGUGCGGUGUGUGGGGCUCAGCCUCAGGGCCGCCCCUCACCUCAUUCUGCUGGAACUGAUGUCUGGAGGGGACAUGAAGAGUUUCCUGAGGCAGAGUCGGCCGCACCUGGGCCAGCCAUCACCACUGGUCAUGCGGGACCUGCUGCAACUGGCCCAGGACAUAGCUCAGGGCUGCCACUACCUGGAGGAAAAUCACUUCAUCCACAGGGAUAUUGCUGCCCGGAACUGCCUGCUGAGCUGCUCUGGGCCCAGCCGAGUGGCCAAGAUUGGGGACUUCGGGAUGGCACGAGAUAUCUACCGGGCCAGUUAUUACCGCAGGGGAGACCGGGCCUUGCUCCCAGUCAAGUGGAUGCCCCCAGAGGCCUUCCUGGAGGGCGUCUUCACAUCCAAAACAGAUUCCUGGUCUUUUGGAGUGCUGCUCUGGGAGAUCUUCUCACUGGGCUACAUGCCCUAUCCUGGGCGGACCAACCAGGAGGUGCUAGACUUCAUCGUUGCAGGGGGCCGGAUGGACCCUCCUAGGGGCUGCCCAGGGCCCGUGUACCGCAUCAUGACCCAGUGUUGGCAGCACCUGCCUGAGCUCCGCCCCAGCUUUGCCAGCAUUUUGGAGCGUCUUCAGUACUGCACUCAGGACCCGGAUGUGCUCAAUUCACCCCUGCCGAUGGAGCUGGGACCCACCCCAGAGGAGGAAGGGGCUUCUGGGCUGGGAAACAGGUCUUUGGAGUGCCUAAGACUCCCACAGCCCCAGGAACUGAGUCCAAAGAAGUUGAAAAGCUGGGGAGGUAGCUCUCUUGGCCCCUGGCAGUCCUCUGGCUUCAAGCCCCUCAAAUCCAGGGGCCUCCAACCUCAGAACCUUUGGAAUCCCACUUACCGCUCCUGAGCCCCAAGGGGCCCUGAGGGUGAGGACUGAAGCAUUGAGGGUUCCUCCCGGUACUCCUCAGGCUCCUGGGUGGCCUGUUAUGCUAGCAGCCCUUGUCCCUGCAGUCUGUGCUGCUUCUCUAGGCCUGUCUUGGGACUGGCCUGGCAGCACUGCACUUGCUAUGCUGGAAACCAGUCCCAGGCUUCCCAGGGAAGGGCCAGCCACUUCCAGCUUUUUACCUCUGGGGCCAGAGGCCAACUUAUGCACACCCCAAGUGUCCAUGAGGAGUGCUGGAUUGCCCUCCCACUAUGAGCAUCCUUUAUCUGGGCAGUCCCCUACCCUGCAGUUGCUUCUAAUAAAAAGCUCUUAUCCUC